AUGACACUAUUAAUUGUUACAUCAAUAGUUUUUAUGCGUGUUGUUUGCCAACAAGUUAUAUUAUUUGCAAGUUCAUUUUCAGAUAAAAAACUUGUUAACUUAGAAAGUAAACUAUCAAUCUAAUUAGAUUGGACUUUAUAUCCUAAAAAUCUACUCCAAACUGGGUUUGGAUCAUUAUCUGUUGAUGAUGAUGAUUAUGCAGGAUUGUAUUCAAUGAAUGGAGCGCAAUACAAGAGCUACCUUGCUGGAAUGUAUAAAAUUUAUGAAAGUAUUCCUGCUCAUUCUACACUAAUAAUUAAAGCAAAAACAUUAAUGUUAAAGAAUUUAAUAUAUAUUUAGGUAAAAUUUUGGCUUUGGAGGAACAGGUACAUGUAGAGUUAGAGCAGAUGGAAUAUUAAUUAUUCAAAUUGCGAACAAUUUAGAUCUAAUUAAUAAUUACAAAAUAAAUAGUUUUUCAGUACCUUAUUAAUCAUCAUCAUCUGCUGUUUUAAUUGAAUUUCAUUUUGAAGCUAUUGGUGAUUAUUAAGUAAAUUUAUUAAUUAAUAAUGUUUAGAGUUUGACUUUUGGAUUUCGAGAAUUUGAGUUGUAUUAUAAAACAUGUCCUCCUGGAUGUACAUUUUGUUAAACCUCAGAGCUUUAGUCAAAUGAUUGUAAUUUUUGGUCUUUAGAUCAACGAUAAUUGUUUGAUUAAGGUUCAUUGAAUGAAGGUUGGACAAUAAAUUUUAAAGACAAGAAAUAAUAUCGGACGGAUUAUUGUCAAGGUUUUUAUAUGAUAAAAUUAAGCUAGAUGAUAAAGCACUUAAUUUGAUAGGAUUUGCUUUACCAACAGAAUCUAUUGAAAGAACACUAUAUUUAUAACCUCAUUAUAAAAUGUUAAUUUUAUACAAAUUGUUAUUACUAGGAGCAGAUUCUAUUGUAUUUUCAUAUUUCUAUUUUGAAUUGAAUGAUGUAAUUGUAAAUGAUAUUAAAUUUGCUACUUAUCUAAAAACAUCCUAGAUAUGCAAACAUACAAAUCCCUCAAGUAUGGGAGACUACAUUUAGUAGGUAAAGUAUGAAGAUUUUAAUUAAAAUACAAUACUGAAAUUAAGAAUUUUUACUUAAGGCAGAACAUACUUUUAAAAGUUAAAGUGGACUAUCAGAGACUUAGAAAUUUUUAUUAAGAAAUGCCAUCCAGAUUGUACCGAAUCUUGCUUUGGUCCAAGAGCAAAUUAAUGUUCAAGGUAAAAAUACCCAAAAUUUGAAAAUUUUGUAAGUUAUUUUAUAGAACCCUUAUUUACAGAUACUUAAGAAUGGUAAAUGAUAACUCCAAUACAACCUAAAUCACCAAAUUAUUGUAGUGGUAUUUCAAUUUUUGGAGGUUAUUUACAAUUAGGUGGUGAUCAUUAUAUUUAAAGAUUUAUUACAUUAGAAGAUCACUAAACAAUUUAAAUUUCAUUUAAGUUUUACUAAAUCGAUAAUUUUAAUAAUGAUAUAUUAUAUGUUGUAGUUGAUGAUCAAAUCGUAUAUUAAACUGUCUUAGAACCUAUUAUAGAUACUUCAAAAGCAACUCUAUUAUGUGGUAUCUAUGAGAAUUAUGAUUUAAUUGUUAAAAUAUCGACACCUAUAAUUUAACAUACGUAAAAACAAAGUAUUAUUUAAAUUUAUACUAAUUAACCAACUACAUCAUAAGGAUACUGGGGGAUUAGAGAUUUUAUCAUUAAAUAAGAUUCAAUAAUAUAUAUAUAAGAAUUAAAAUAAGUUAGAUUUUUGA